GAUCUACAGCCGCGACGGUCUGCGGUUCGUGUUUCGUCGCCUGUUCGUUCGGGCACUGUUUUCUUCAUUUUACUUUUAUUCCGUUUAUCGUUGAUCGCUGCUGCAGCUUGACGUCGCUGCCGUCGGCUUCGUGCGUUGCAUCUUCAGGUUUUUUGUUUUUGGUUUUGUCCGGUCGCCGCCGCUUUGCGCAAGUUAUUAUUGUUGUUGUUUUUUUUUUGUGUGUUGCGAGCAUUGAUAUUUAACGACAACAACAAUCAUAAUACUAUAAUAUCAAAUACUACAAACGGACAACACAACACAAAAAUACCACACGGAGUUCAUAAACAAUCAAUCAACGGCAAUCACCAUCAAUCAGAGCUCAAGCAUCUGUCACAAAUUGGAGCCGCUGUUGUUGGUCAAGUGAAAGCUCAGCUGGUGAAGCGUCUGCCGCAUAAUUCAAUCAAGCGCAAAGUUAACUGCCAACACCAACGCCCAGCUUGGUUCAUAGAGCAAACCAAGCGUAGUUCGUGUCUGUGGCUCUCUGUCCAUCUCUGCAUCUGCUUCUGCUUUAGUCAGUCAGUCAGUGAGUCAGCCAACAGACGGCAGACAGCAGCCACCAGCCAUUGGCCGUGGCCAGGAACCAGUCACGACUUGGCCGGCAGGUUCACAAAUAAGUGAAAGUGAAUUUGUUUAUGGUUUAUUGCUAUUACCAAAGCGAAAGAGACACAAGCGCAUAAUACCGAAAGCAUUGCAAACAAACAAAGUAUAAAGCCCAGCACACACACACACACACGCACACACACUGCGACAACACAAGAAAUAACAUUAAUAAUAUUAUUAAACAAAAAAGCUCACUCAGCAAGUGCAAUGCCAGCGACUCAACGAAGCUGAGCAACAGCGAGAGAGAAAAAAACGAAACAAAGAUUCAGAUACAGAUACAGAUACAGAUACAGAUACAGAUAGAGAGAUACAGAUAGAGAUAGAGAGCGCGUGAACCCGCUCUAGGGUCAAUUCGACGAUACAACUCUCUAUGAGUACCACUUCGGUGUUAUCAGCUUGAUUGGAUAAACUGUUGCAACAACCGGAACAACGACAACAACAACAACAACAACAACAAGGAAAACAAUGCUGCACAUUUGCAUCGCCCUCUCGUUGCUGCUGCUCAGCACACACUCUAGCGCUCGUGGCAAGGAAGUGAGUGGCCUGAGUGCGGCUGUGACUGCGGCUGCGGAUGCCACGCCCACAUUGCGAGAGCAACGCUAUGCUAACUUUACGGAACUAUCUGAGGCGGUGCAUGCCUCACUGCAGUCACACGAGCGGUGGCAGCAACAGCGUCAGCUGCAACACGGACGCAGCAAGCGAGCGGUGAAGCGUGUCUGCUACAAUGAGUUGGGCUGCUUCGAGGACUCGGGUCCGUUUGCCUAUCUGGAGAUGCUGCCGUCAUCGCCCGAGGAGAUCAACACCAAGUUCUUCUUCUACUCGACUCGCCAGCGCUCUGAUCAGCCGCUGAUGGAAUUGUCGUUCCUCAAUAUGACCGCGGCCUUCGCCAAAGCCAAGGCCAAGGCAAAACGCGAAUCCGACCCCACAACGGACACCACCAGCUCACCCAGCUCCACAGCUGCCACUGGCAACAAUGCAACAGUCACCGACAGGCCAAGCAGCAGCAGCAGCUCGAGUCCAAAGAAAUCCCCGCCACCGUCCAUCGAUGAUCUCGAGGGUUUCGAUGAACUCUCCGUGCGCGUCAUUGUCCACGGCUUUGGCUCUGCCUGUCCCCAUGUCUGGAUCUAUGAGAUGAAGACCGCUCUGAUGGCAGUGGAGGAUUGCAUUGUCAUCUGUGUAGACUGGGAGAAUGGCGCCACGUUUCCGAAUUAUGUGAGGGCUGCGGCCAACACGCGUCUGGUGGGCAAACAGUUGGCCAUGUUGUUGCGCCAUCUGGAGCAGCACAAGGGCCUUAAUCUGAUGCGCACCCAUGUGAUUGGCUUCAGCCUUGGCGCCCAUGUCUCAGGAUUUGCCGGCGCCGAGUUGCCCGGACUGUCGCGCAUCACCGGCCUGGAUCCGGCCGGACCGCUCUUUGAGGCACAGCAUCCGAAGGUGCGACUGGACAGCAGCGAUGCCGAAUUCGUCGAUGUGAUACAUUCGAAUGGCGAGAAUCUGAUAUUGGGUGGCCUGGGAUCGUGGCAGCCAAUGGGACAUGUUGAUUACUAUCCAAAUGGCGGUCGUGUGCAGACGGGUUGUUCCAAUCUCUUUGUAGGCGCCGUCACGGAUUUUAUCUGGUCUGCCCAGGCGGCGGAGGAUGAGGAGGGACGUUCACUGUGCAACCAUAGACGCGCCUACAAGUUCUUCAUUGACUCAGUGGCACCGCGCUGCAUGUUUCCAGCAUUCCCCUGUGCCAACUACGACGAUUUCCUUAAGGGAAAGUGCUUUCCCUGUGCACAGGAUGACGAGGAUCUUGCCGAGGGCGUGCCACGUUGUGGCAACAUGGGCUACUAUGCGGACAGAUCGACAGGACGCGGUCAGCUGUAUCUGUUGACCCGAGAGGAGGAACCCUUCUGUGCCCAUCAGUUCCAGCUGCAGAUCUUCAACUCGUUCAACGAUCUUCCGCUGCGCACAAUUGGCCGCCUCGAGGCCAUACUCGAGGGUGAUGGCGGCCUCAAUGAGACCUUUGAGAUAUCCGAAAAGGACGAUGCCGAGUUCUUUGCUGGCGACAUAGUGUCCAAGAUCAUUGUGCCACAUCCGGCGCUGGGCUUUCCCACAACACUUAGUCUACACUACAAGUCCUACAGCGGUUGGCUGUCCAAGGGUCUGCCCCACUGGGACAUCGACAAGGUGGUGCUGACGGACAGCUUCGGGCGCAGCCAUUCGCUGUGCCGCCCCAGCACAAAGCUCAGCAGCGGAAGUCCGGUGCGCAUGCGUCUGCAGGCGGGCAACUGCGAGCUGGACAAUCAGGAUGACUAUGGGGCGUAUACGACACAGCCGCCGGUUGCCUCGCUGCCGUCGAGCACAGAUGCGCCGGCUCUCGACUCGAGUGUGCAGGAGUCGGGCUUGAGUGCGAUGAGUGUCGAUGGCGUUGAGAGCGUGAAGCAGCGAAAGGACAUCUUUAAUUUGGGCACCAGUUUUAAGUUGGCACAGAAUCAAACCUAUCCGCUGGAUCAAACCGAUGAGUUGCCCUGGCAGCCCAUACUCGUGGGCAAUUCCCUCGACAAGGAUGCCAAUGAGGCCGAGGCAGCCGAGUCCAGUCGCAGUCUCUCCGAUAAUUUGGCACCUGGCCAACAGCCGAACAACGAGAUAUUUGAACCCGUGCUCAAGGAUCGCCGACUCUCGCUCAAUCGUGGACGCAAUCUGCACGAGCAAACGACAACCGAGGAGAUCGUGGAGCCCGUUCUGAAGGCAACGACGCCACGUGCCAAGCAUGGCAAGGAUCUACAGCUGCCGGACAUUGAGUCUCCUGCCACAGGCAGUACAGGCAGUAAAAGAAGCAACAAUAGUCCGGAUAGUGGCGCGGCAACACCGCCCAAGAUGAUGGCACAACUGGCCAGCGGGCAAGAGGAGCCGCUGCAGACGGUGCAGCUGCUGCCCUUCCGACUCGGGGAACUGCUGCAACGUGCCGAGCGCUAUGCACGCGAAACACUGUUGCCACUGAUCUCGGUGCAAGCACCGCGCUUCUUUGGCUUCAAUGUGACGCCUCACGAUCGCGAUCAGUCGCGCCCCAGCGAGUCUCGCAAGCCGCGCUACAUUCCACGCUACGAGGAGGCAGCCUUCAUCAAUACCAGCUCGAGCUCAAGCAAUGGCAAUCGACGUCAGUCGGCAACAGAGGACAAGGAUCAGGUGGCCCGACGUAAUCUCUUUAGACUGCUGCGUUCGGAUGGUGCACGAUCCCAGCGGCAGCAGCAGCGACAGCGUCAGGAGCCAACGGUUGCAACGCUGCCAACAGUGGUUGAUCAACCAGGUGAUCAACCAGGAAACGAGAUCAACUACUAUACGAAUAUGCAGCUAACCGAGUCGCGCUCAAUGCGACCUGAAUCGCCGAAUUAUCGUCCAGUUUUCAUUGAUCUACCCACAUAUCGACCGCCCUUGGCAUCCAAGGCGAAAGCCAAGGCGUUGCGACGUGGUCGCGUCCAGCAGCUGACCUGAUGUCCACUGUGAUGGACAGGUCAAGGCAAUCGCUAUAAUUAUAUUUUUUUGUAAACACUAUGUGAUAUGACAAGCUGAUAAGACAUCCGCCGCCGCAGCUCCAUUUCUAUUUUCUUCUUCUUUUCUAUCUUUCGUGUGUCUUUCUUUCGGGCUGCUGCUCGUCCUACUACCUACAAACAAACAAACAAACAAGAAUUUCACUACUUUUCACACUGUGUAAAUAACCGUUUAUGGAAUUUCAAAUUCGUAUUGAACAUCAUCUUAAAUGACUACAGUUAAGAUAGCGAUUAAGUUUAUAAUGUGACAAUUAAAUAAAUUAAUAGAGUGUUAAGUACAUACUCGUAAACACAA